AAUGGAAAAGGAGCAAAAAGUAAGAAUAGGGUUCAUUUCAAUCGUCAAGGGAUUCAAAUCCAAGUAUGAAUCGCGAUGAGAGCAGAGAAUCUGUUGCAGCAGCGAACGGAGAAGUGCACCCUGGGGUGUCCCGUACUGGAUCGCUUCCUCCGCGGCGGCGUACCCUGCAACUCCGUCACUGAACUCGUCGGCGAGAGCGGUUCCGGCAAGACCCAACUCUGCCUCCAACUCGCCCUCUCCGCUCAGUCCACCCUCUACAUCUACACCGAGUUCCCUUUCCCCAUCCGCCGCCUCCACCAGCUCUCCCAACGCGCCGCCGUCGAUGAUCCCCGUUCUCCCUCCUUCGACCCCUGCGACAGCGUCUUCCUCCGAAGCGUCAGCUCCGCCAACGAACUCCUCCGCAUCUUCCCCCAAAUCGAGGACUUCCUUUCCUUCCGGCGGACCCGGUUGCCGGUGAGUGUCAUCGUGGUGGACUCAAUUGCCGCCCUCUUCCGCUCCGAAUUCGACAACAACGCCGUGGACCUCCGGCGAAGGUCGUCGCUGUUCUUCAAAAUCUCCGGGGAGUUGAAAUCUUUGGCGAAGAGGUUUGGGUUGGCGGUGGUGGUGACGAAUCAGGUGGUUGAUUUGAUCGGUGAUGAGAUGAUGAUGAUGAACAGUAACAACGAGAUGUGUACGUCGGGGAGAAGGGUUUGCCCGGCGCUUGGUCUGGCGUGGGCGAACUGCGUGAACUCGAGGGUGUUCUUGUCGAAGGAGGUUGACGACGGCGGCGACGGUGGAGUCACCAGGACGAGGAAGCUCAGUGUUGUGUUUGCUCCUCACUUGCCUCAAUCCAGUUGCCAGUUUGUCAUCACCGGAGAUGGCGUUUUUGGUGUAGAUCAUCAAACCCUACAAGGAAGGGGAGCCAAUGUGUAAAUUAUCUAUAAUUAUUGUUAUUAUUACUGAUAUUUCUUUGUUAUUAUAAUUUAUUUAUUGUUCAAGUUUU